CGCACUCUCUUUCAGAACCCAACACGCCACUGCCUAGCUAGUAGCUAGCAGAGCAGCUAGCCAAGCAACCCAGCCGAGUAGCCGACCAGAGAGAGCGAGAGAGGCAGAGAGGAGCGGACCUGCCCGUCGCAAUGGCGAUGCCGCCGAAGCCCGGCGACCCGCCGCAGCGCUCGCCUGCGCGGAGCCCCAACCUCAACCUGCCCUGCCCGCUGCCGCCGGUCCCGGGCGGGCCGCCUGCGCCGUCGGCCGCCGGGUUGCCCCCGCCGCGCGCGAGUCACCACCGCCGCGCCAGAUCUGAGGUGGCCUUUCGCUUCUCGGACGACCUGGCCGGCGGCGUGGGCGGCGGCUUCGACGAGAUCGGCUCCGAGGACGACCUCUUCUCCACCUUCAUGGACAUGGACAAGAUCGCCGGCGCCGACCGCGACCGUGCCGCCGAGACCUCCUCGCCGCCGCGCCCAGCCAAGCACCGCCACAGCGCCUCCUUUGACGGCUUCGGGAUGGGGGCUGCCGCCGGUGGCCUGGCCGGGCAGCAGGACGGCGGCGGAGGCAUGUUUGGAGAGGUGAUGGAGGCCAAGAAGGCCAUGUCUUCCGAGCAGCUUGCCGAGCUCGCUGCCAUCGACCCCAAGCGCGCCAAAAGAAUAAUUGCAAACAGACAAUCUGCAGCACGGUCAAAGGAAAGAAAAUCUAGAUAUAUAACAGAACUGGAGCGGAAGGUUCAAACUCUUCAGACAGAGGCUACUACUCUUUCAGCGCAGCUCACACUAUUCCAGAGAGACACAACUGGACUUUCGGCAGAAAAUGCUGAGCUGAAGAUAAGGUUGCAGGCCAUGGAGCAGCAGGCUCAACUGCGGGAUGCUCUAAACGAUGCGCUGAAGCAAGAAGUGGAGAGGCUCAAGAUAGCGACGGGCGAGAUGCCGAAGUCCAACGAACAAUUCAACAUGGGGAUGCAGCACGUCUCGUACAGCGGCCCUUCUUUCUUCCAUCUCCCGGAGCAGCACGUAGACAUUCAGCUGCCGCACCAUUUCCAGCAGCCUCCGCGGAACGUCCAGAUGCUGUCCCACCCCAACUCCCUCUCGGAUAUGGCGCAGCAAGACUCGCUUGGGCGGCUCCGGGGGCUGGACAUUGGAAAAGGGUCCAUGGCUAUGAAGCCAGAGGCAGAGGUCGUGGUGAAGUCAGAGGGCAGCUCUGUAUCUGCAGGUGAAAGCAACACCACCUUCUAGCUAUACAAUACAUCUGCCUUCCAAGAAGCCUCCGUUUGGUUUAGAGUUCUUUUGUUCAUAGUCUGACAUCCUCCUUCCUUGAGCUGCUUCGUCCUUCUCAGUAGGCCUAUUUUUUUUAUUCCAUUGGUUAUAUCUACUAGUUAACAUUGGUCGGUUGCCAAUCGUUGUUGUCGUGGUGGCUGAUUUCUAUAGGGACAUUGAUGUGUUGGUUUCGAGUUUGUUGUUGUUGUUGUGUGUGUGGUUGGUUGUUUCGAGCUAGGGGCUGAAAGGGCACCGAGUGUUUUUUUCUCCACCUGUUUUAGUUUUGUUAUAGAUUUGACAACAAUCGUUAUGAUUUCUCCUUCUGGAAAGGUGUACAUUGUGUUGCUAUGCUAAUUUGUAGUGAUAUUUUUGAUG